AAGCUGUAAAAAAAUGGCAGCAAAAUCAAACGAACCGGUUCCUUACCACAGGACUCUCCAAAAAGGUACCUUCCUUUCUACCGGCGUCUCCUCGCAAUCCAACUGCGGCCGCCGCGCUCAAAACAACGCCAAACUCCUCAUGGUUAUUACAGAGCCGAAGCGUUAAAAAAGAACCAGCGGAGGUAUUCGACCCGAAGGAGGGCGAUGGCGAGGCAACGGCGAGAGAUCCCACCUUGCUCUAAAACCUACGGCUUCCCCAUCUACUGCGCCGCCUGGGUCCCCCUCGACCUGAUCUCGGCUGCCGCGGAGGCGGCGGCGGAGGAGGAGGAAGAGAAGGGUGAGGAGGAGAAGGAAGACAAGGGCAAGCAGGUAGGAGGCGAAGGAAGCGAGGGAGAACCUUCUCCGUCUCAGAAAGGGGAUCGGCUCCUGGUGGCGCUGGGAGGAGGCGGAGGCGAAGGCCGGAGCGGGGUUCCCAACGCCCUCGUCGUCUCCGAGUUCGAUCUCGCUUCCCGAUCCCUUUCCGAUCAGCCGGUGUUUAGGAUGGGAACGGAUGCUGAAGUGCCUUAUAGGAUGGCUGUGCACCCAGGGAGAGACGGGAUUCUUUGCUCAUUUCCAAAGGGUUGCAGGUGGUUUGAAUGGGAUUUUCCAGAGAGCAGGGAAUCCCAUAAAUUGGCUCUUAAAUCCUCUGAAAAGAAAAUGGCACCGCUGGAAGACGGUGGACUGCAGUUAGCAUUAACUUUUAAUGCAGAAGGUUCGACGCUUGCAACUGGUGGGGAGGAUGGGCAUUUGAGGGUCUUCAAGUGGCCAAGUAUGGAAAGUAUUCUUGAUCAAACUGGUGCUCAUACGAUUGUGAAGGAUUUGCAUUUCAGCCUUGAUGGAAAGUUUCUUGUGUCAUUGGGAAGUAGUGGCCCUUGCAGGAUUUGGGAUCUGACAUCAUCAACAGCUAUAGCCAGUCUGCCAAGGGAAGAUGGUGAAGUUUUUGGCUUCUGCAGGUUUUCUCAAAGCACUGAUAAUAAUCAGAUGCUAUUUGUUACUGCAAUGCAUGGUGACCAAGGAAAGAUAGUGUCUUGGAAUACUCUUUCAUGGAAGAGAAUGGGGGCAAAGAAGGUAGUCCGUGACCCAAUUUCUGCAUUCAAUGUAGCAACUGAUGGUAAACUCCUUGCAGUUGGUACUGUAGAAGGAAACAUCAUAAUCCUAAACUCAGAUAUGCAGGUGCAUACUAUAGUUAAAAAAGCGCACCUUGGCCUCGUUACAGCACUAGUAUUCUCCCAAGAUUCAAGGGCCUUGAUGUCUGCAUCCUUCGAUUCAACUGCACGAGUGACGCUUAUUGAAAGCAGAAAGAGUAAUGGGUUGAGCAUGUUGCUCAUUGUCUUUGUUGUUAUACUGGCAAUUCUGGUAUAUUUGAUGAAGUGGAAGGGGGUCCUUUGAGGAAUUCUGACGUACGUGAAAGGGAGAUUUUGAAUUCGAAUUAUCCCUGGAGUAGGAGUGAGCUAGAAAGACCAGCCAAAAGAAAAACUUUAUAUGAUGGCUUGGUUAUUGUCAAAGAAAAAUAAAAAAAGGGAUUUUGGGGUUCGUUGCAUUAUGUAAACAGCCUGCUUGUUUCGUCAUGAUUCGGAAUGUUUCUGCUCAUCUUUUCGUUCUUUAACAAUGGCCUCGCUUUACCUGUUCUAUACCAUCUGAAAUUUUUAUGAGAGACUAAAGCUGGUGUUCUCAAUAUUUUUGCAAAGAAAUUAUUAACAACGGGUA